GGAGGGGCUGCAGAAAAUGCUCUGUCUGAGGAGUUAAUGAGAAACUUGUUCUGAGCUACAACUUUGCUGCUCUAAAAAGUCUUUUGUGCUUUCCAUCAGUCACUUCAUUCUACGACAUUUAGGGUGUGAUGAGUUUAGGAUAGAGGUUAUUGCCAUAAGUAUAACUCCAAGCCCCACAGCCACUGCCCGAGGCUCUCAGGUGACCCCACAACCUGGGGACAGCAGGGAAAUACCAAAUCUGGGGCUGCAGCAUCUUUCCAGGUGGGGUGAACACUUUCAUCCAUGCAGAGAUGGGAAAGAACAAAAACCUCCCAUCUAUUUUUUCUGUUUGCUGGGUGGCAGUGGGCACAGAGCACUGGAUCAGCUCUGUUUAUGAUAAAGAUUGUUCAUUAGAGGGGUGUGACACAGAGAGAUGCGAUAUUCCCAGCAAAGCGUUCCAAGGAUAUUCCUGACCUGUUCACAGCGCAGGAGAAGCAUCACUCGAGCAUCCCUCCCACGCCGCCCUGCCCAAAGCACCCCCUGCCCCCGAGCCGCAGCGCAGGGGUGGGAAGGGACACGGGGGACACGGGGGGGACCCGAGCGGGGCCGGCCCCGGGCACACCCCGCCCCGGCGGGGCGGGCCGAGCCGCCAGCCCCGAGCCGAGGGCUGUAAAAGCGGGGCAGCGGGGCCGGGGAGCAGCGAGCCACAGAGCGGCCGGGGCUGCGUGCGGAGCAGGUUGCACCAAGUGCCAGGAUCGCUGCACAAACGAGCAAAACGUCGUCCGAAAUGGCAGCCGAGGGGGACAAAAUGAUGGCAGGAAGGUUUGUGGGGAGCACAGAUCCCAUCAUGGAGAUGCUCAGCGCUUCCAUUACUGUCGAUCAGAGACUGUCUGAGGUGGACAUCCAGGGGAGCAUGGCUUAUGCCAAAGCCUUGGAGAAGGCUGGAAUCCUGUCCAAAACUGAGCUGGAAAAGAUCCUGAGUGGCCUGGAAAAGAUCUCUGAGGAAUGGUCCAAAGGAGUCUUUGGUGUGAUCCAGACUGAUGAGGAUAUCCACACUGCCAACGAGCGCAGGCUGAAGGAGCUGAUUGGAGACGUGGCUGGGAAGUUGCACACUGGCAGAAGCAGGAAUGAUCAGGUUGUGACUGACCUGAAGCUGUUAAUGAAGAAUUCCCUCUCCAUCAUCUCCACGCACCUUCUGCAGCUCAUUAAGACCCUGGUGGAACGUGCUGCCAUAGAAAUCGAUGUGAUCCUGCCUGGCUACACCCACCUGCAGAAAGCUCAGCCCAUCCGAUGGAGCCAGUUCUUGCUCAGCCAUGCUGUUGCUCUGACCCGCGAUUCUGAGCGCCUGGGAGAGGUGAAGAGGAGGAUCAAUGUCUUGCCUUUGGGAAGUGGAGCUCUGGCUGGAAACCCCCUGGAAAUCGAUAGAGAGCUGCUGCGCAGUGAGCUGGACUUUGCUUCCAUCAGCCUGAACAGCAUGGAUGCCGUCAGCGAGAGGGACUUUGUGGUGGAAUUCCUCUCUGCUGCCACCCUGCUGAUGAUCCACCUCAGCAAGAUGGCUGAGGAUCUCAUCAUCUACAGCACCAGCGAGUUUGGCUUCCUGACCCUCUCUGAUACCUACUGCUCUGGCAGCAGCCUGAUGCCUCAGAAGAAGAAUCCCGACAGUCUGGAGCUGAUCCGCAGCAAAGCCGGGCGAGUGUUUGGACGGUUGGCUGCAAUUCUCAUGGUCCUCAAAGGACUCCCAAGCACCUACAACAAGGACCUGCAGGAGGACAAGGAGGCUGUUUUUGAUGUCAUAGACACCCUGAAUGCUGUGCUCCAGGUUGCCACGGGAGUGAUUUCCACCCUCCAGAUCAACAAGGAGAACAUGGAGAAGGCACUGAGCCCUGAGAUCCUGUCAUCUGACCUGGCUCUCUACUUGGUUCAUAAAGGAAUGCCCUUCAGACAAGCCCACAUUGCUGCUGGCAAGGCCGUCCACCUCGCCGAGACCAAAGGCAUCACCAUCAACAAUCUCAGCCUGGAGGACCUGAAGAGCAUCAGCCCCCUGUUUGGCAGCGACGUGGCGCAGGUGUUCAGCGUGGUGAGCAGCGUGGAGCAGUACACGGCCGCGGGCGGCACCGCCAAGAGCAGCGUGUCCGCCCAGAUCGAGCAGCUGCGGGAGCUGCUCAAGAGGCUCAAGGAACAGGCUUAGAGUGUGGGGAGAGAUCCCGUGCCUGCAGCGGUGUGCCCGUGCCACUGAUCUGGAGUUAAUAAACACUGGGGUGUCUGUA